AAACGUUGAACAUCUUUGCCGCACGCCGACUGCGGCGCCACAGACGCGCAACACAAACUAGCCGCGAUAACAACACGCAACAACACUUUCAAAGUACACAAGCGCCCUUAAAGUAAAACAAAGUAAGCCUGAGCUAUGCGCAAGAUAUUCUUAAUGCGUACCACGAUGUUGACUGCAAGUUUAAUAACAAUCCUUCUCGGAAUUUUAGAAGCUGAAGCAAAAGGUGCAAUAUACUUGACGACUAAAAAUGGGACGAUUCCAAUAAUACUGACAUCACUGAACACACGUAGUGACAGUACACCUCAACACACGCCAAGGAUUUUAUCCGCGGCCACUAAAAAUCUCUCUCAGAAUGUCGGGGACGAGCACGAUUAUUGGGACGAGUCCGACGAAAUGCUGCUGUCCAAUUACGCGAACUCGUCAUAUGAGAAUCAUGAUACGGCUAUCUGGAAGAGAAAUAAUAAGAGAAGCAUAAACGACGUUGUCUCGAAAAAUAUCACAUUGGUACUUGAGAAUCUUUUGAAGAAUUAUGAAAAUUCUCAGCUGCCUACACAUGGAAAAGGAUACCCAACUGUUGUACAAACAAACAUACUCAUAAGAAGUAUGGGACCAGUAUCUGAAUUAGAUAUGGAUUAUUCAAUGGACUGCUACUUCAGACAGUACUGGCGUGAUACACGCUUGUCCUUUCUCGGUCCCAUACGCUCCUUAUCCCUCUCGAUUAAAAUGCUUGAAAGAAUAUGGCGUCCCGAUACUUAUUUCUACAAUGGCAAACAUUCUUACGUCCAUACUAUCACAGUUCCCAACAAGCUGUUACGGAUCAGUCAACACGGAGAUAUUUUGUACUCAAUGAGAUUGACAAUCAAAGCUAAAUGUCCUAUGGAGCUUAGAAAUUUUCCAAUGGAUCGUCAGUCAUGCCCUCUUAUUCUUGGUAGCUAUGCAUACUCCAACCAACAGCUGGUGUACCAGUGGCAAAAUUCCGAAAGUGUCAACUUUGUGCCUGGUAUGACUCUAUCCCAGUUCGACCUCAUCAGCUUUCCUUACCGUAACUUCACUUUUACAAGAAGAGAAGGAGACUUCUCAGUUCUUCAAGUGUCGUUCAAUCUUCAACGGCAUACGGGCUAUUUUCUCAUUCAAGUGUACGUGCCAUGCAUUCUUAUCGUCGUUCUCUCAUGGGUGUCUUUCUGGAUACAUCGUGAGGCUACCUCGGACCGCGUGGGAUUAGGAAUUACAACAGUUUUAACAUUAUCAACAAUUAGUUUAGAUUCUAGAACCGAUCUCCCUAAAGUGCGCUACGCCACCGCUCUAGAUUGGUUCCUUCUGAUGAGUUUCUUCUAUUGUAUCGCCACAUUACUAGAAUUUGCUGGUGUUCAUUACUUUACAAAGGUCGGUUCAGGUGAAAUCGUAAUAGACGAUUCUGAAUGGGAGGAACUUAUCGAAGAAGUCGGCGGCGAUGCAUUCGCAGCGAGACAGCUGGCUGUUCGCAGGCGUAGCUCCGCCCGCUCCACUACCAACUACAGUUUCACAUUCCCAGCGGCCAGUAACAAUUGUUCAGGCGAGAACGCCAGCCAAGACACACCGGAACAACCCUGCGCCGUGCGACUCACCGUGGAACGGACCACGCAGACCGAGACCCGGGUGCCACGGUGGAGACAAUUGCUCUACUGUUUAGCUGGCGACGACCGAUACAGACGACAGAGGCAAGUCGAAGCUGGGAAUCGUGGUCACAUCAACAGCGUAUCCCACAUCGAUAGAGCUGCCCGCGUCAUGUUCCCAGCUUCGUUUGCGCUCCUCAACCUUUUCUACUGGAUGGUGUAUGCUUUCUCCAACGAUGACUUCGCUUGGAGCGACAACCCUAUAAACACACUCUCUCAUUGAAAGCAAUAAGUUCUUCCGACAAAUUAUUAAUAGAUACGAAUUAUGAAAUAAUUACGUACUUUAAUAAUUCGAGACAUACUUAUUUCAUUAUCAUCAUCAUUAUCAUGAUGAAAUAAUUAAAUACAUUUCGAAAAACAUUUACAAAUACGUAAUAUAGGUAUAAUGUAGAAUGUAGAUAUUGUGCAUUGUUAUCAAUUUUCAUCAUACUUACAUAUAUUAGUACCGAUGCGGUUCAGAUUGUAGGUAGUUAAAGUAUUGUUCUGUGGUUACAAUUAAAUAUAAUGCUCAACAGUUUCAUAGUAAUUUUGUUAUAUUUAUUAGUACAAAAUAAACAGUUAAUUUUUC